AUGGCUGGCGCGCAGGCUUACAGCACACUUGAGGUAGACCCUCGUCGACCGGAGGCAGGCCUUGAGGUACACCAUGGCCAUCGAACGAGCGCGUGGAAUACUGAGAGCCAAUAUCUUCAGCGGACAUCCGAUUUACACCAGAAGCUGGACGAACACAGCUAUGACCAACAUUAUCCCCGGCAACGUGACGAUCAUGAGUCAACAGCCAAAAAUGGGCGAAAAGAUACCAUCUGUGGCCUUUCGAGGCGGGUGUUCAUUAUAGUACUUGUCGUCAGCCUACUGAUACUCAUCGGCGCCAUCGCUGGUGGUGUUGCCGGAGGCGUGCUUAGCCGUCGGAAUACCACCGGAAAUUCUUCACGCUGCAUCCUCGACACGUCAAGACUUGCAGCAGCGAACCGAACAAGCGGUGGAUUAGAGCAGAGAACUGUCUUCUUCCAAGAUGGUUCCGGCGCGCUGAUGGCGCGGAGCCUACGGGCACCUUCAGCGGAGUGGGCGACCACCAACCUCACGCUCAAGUUUCAAUCAACGACCGAGGCAAUCAGCAUUCCACGCGGCGCUCCAAUGGCAGCAUUAGCCUGUGCGGACUAUGGUUGUGGGGAGACUAGGCUGUUCUAUAUUGGGACCGAUGAUUUUAUACACGAUGUCAAGGAAGGCGAGAUUGCUCAAUGGAAUUCCGGCGGUCAAGUGGUUGCUGCCCGACUGAGCCCUUUGCCCGGCUCACAAAUUGCGGUAACAUUUACCAGACGGCUACCAAACGAAGAGGAGCGGAAGGAGAGUGACGCGGAACGACUCAAUCGGCUCAUCGCUUACCAAGGGCUGAAUGGGAAAGUUUACGUCGCGAACGAUACUGACAGAUACGUCAACCCACAAGAGCUAGGCAGCAUGCCGAACUGGACCAAAAACACCAGCUUGGCCAUGAUUACACAGUUUGGUGGCGUGGUGCUUGAUGAAGUUAGUUUAGUAGCGAAGGGUACAGGGGCUGCAGAUUCAGAGGUUAGCAUGAUAGAAGCGAGAUAUGAUAUACAGAACAAGAUUUGGGUGCAAGAGCCUGCUGUUGUGGACAACAUUCCCCAAUCUCAAGAUUCAUCAUCCACGGCCACGCCGCAAUUCGCCGCCACGAUGCGGAACAACUGGUUGGACAGCAUCUACUUGGCCCUCAACCCCGACGGAACAAUGACUGUUCGCAUAAUAGGCCAGCGUAAUGAGACAAUGGACCAGAUCACACUUGAAAAGUCUGGAGGGGAGCUGGCAAGGUUUUCGGCCAUUGCAACCACGAUGGACGGACAUCUCUACGGUAUCGUCGACGAUAGCAUACGGGAGUACUCUUUUGAUACGUCUGAUGCGUCUAUUCUACAUCUUGAUGGAACUGUCUAUGAUUGUUCGGGAGACAGAUCUACCUAG